UUAAUUUCUCCAAACGCGUCAUUAAUCCGCCCUCCCAAAAAUCCGCAUCAAUUUGUGAGAGGUUUCUGUGAUUUCAGACGUGUGAGCAAUAAAUACAACAGCACGUGUAUUGGGCGGUCACGGCCACACGGUGUUCACGUGGCUGAGGACCAACACAACACAACGCAGCGCUGGUGAAUGUUGGCACAUUAUAUCUAGACGCCGAUUUCAUCGACAACCUCGCAGCCAUGGACCUUGAAGUGGAAUCUGCAGACGUGAUUCGUCUGAUCAUGCAAUAUCUGAAGGAAAAUAAUUUGCACCGCACUCUGGCGACGCUUCAAGAGGAGACAGCAGUCUCGCUCCACACGGUCGACAGCAUCGAAAGCUUCAUCUCCGAUAUCAACAGCGGGCAGUGGGAUAUAGUGCUCCUAGCAAUCCAGUAUCUGAAACUUCCUGACAAGCUGCUCAUUGACCUGUACGAACAGAUUGUGCUGGAGUUGAUUGAGUUGGGUGAGCUCGGAGCAGCCAAAUGUUUACUAAAGCAAACCGAUCCCAUGAUCAUGCUGAAGCACACUCAACCCGAGCGCUACUCGCACCUGGAGACCCUUCUGACCAAACCAUACUUUGACGCACAAGAGGCAUAUCCAGAGGGCAACAGUAAAGAGAAGCGCAGACUGGCUAUCGCCCAAGCUUUUGCAGGAGAGGUCUGUUUGGUGCCACCUUCUCGCCUCAUGGCUCUUCUGGGCCAGGGCCGUAUAUGUGAGGGGGCUUUAUACAGGUUACAGGAAACAAAAGCACUAAGGCAGUUUGGCUCAUUAGCAAUGCUGUCAUUGAAGUGGCAGCAGCACCAGGGUCUUUUACCUCCAGGUAUGUCUUUGGAACUGUUCCGGGGUAAAGGUGCAUUGAAGGACAUGGAGGAAGAGCGCUUCCCUACUCAGCUCAGUCGCCUCAUAAAGUUUGGGCCAAAGUCACAUGUAGAGUGUGCGCGAUUCUCUCCUGAUGGACAGUACUUGAUUACUGGAUCUGUUGAUGGUUUCAUUGAAAUCUGGAACUUCACCACUGGUAAAAUUCGAAAGGAUCUGAAGUAUCAAGCUCAGGAUAAUUUCAUGAUGAUGGAUGAGGCUGUACUGUGUCUGGCAGUAAGUCACGACUCUGACAUGAUCGCUUCUGGAGCUCAGGAUGGAAAGAUACAGGUUUGGAGGAUUCUGAACGGGACGUGUCUGAAUAGAAUAGAACGAGCCCACAGCAAAGCAGUCACCAGUGUUUGCUUCAACAAGGACAGCAGUCAACUAUUAAGUGCCUCCUUUGACCAGACCAUCAGGCUUCAUGGUUUGAAAUCAGGAAAAAUGCUGAAGGAGUUCAGAGGUCAUACGGCUCAUAUAAAUGACGUCAUAUUCUCCCACGAUGGCCAGCAUGUCAUUAGUGCAUCGGCAGAUGGCACAGUAAAGGUCUGGAGCAUGAAGACAAUGGAGUGCACCCACACAAUAAAAACCCCUGACAUUCCUGAAGGCACAGAUAUCACUGUUAACAACGUCGUGCUUGUCCCAAAGACUCCUGAGCACUUUGUUGUGUGCAAUAGGACCAACACGGUGGUUGUUACAAACAUUCAUGGCCAGGUGAUGAGGAGUUUCUGUUCAUCUGUAAGAGAGGGGGCAGACUUUGUUUGCUGCACGUUGUCUCCACGUGGAGAGUGGAUUUACUGUGUGGGAGAAGACUAUGCGCUGUACUGCUUCAGCACCAUCACUGGCAAGCUAGAGAGAACCCUCACGGUACACGAAAAAGAUGUGAUUGGCAUAACUCACCACCCACAUCAGAAUCUCAUCGCUACAUACAGUGAGGAUGGGCUACUCAAACUCUGGAAGCCUUGAGCCCCGUCCUUCAUAAUAUGAACUCUGUACACGUUUUGCGUUUUAUGUUCUGGAUUUGUGGUAUUCCUGCACACACACAUAUGUCUCUGCCUUUAUACGCCUGCUAUGACAUCGGUCUUCCAUUCAAAGAUUCAUUUCUGUCGAACCUUUGCUAGCUGAACCUCUUCGACAUCCGAAACUAACUACAUGCGAUUUCAUAAUACUAACGUUCCUCUAGUGGAAAACAUGAAAAACUGCAUGGAUGUACUGGUCUUUUACUAUUAUUAAGGGCUUUGUAGUAUUGUCUGUGAUAAUAUCUGCAUGCAAGAUUUAGCCCGAUCGACAUUAAUGUGGUAAACGUACUGGUUUUCUUUCCAGGCCAUUCUUUGACAUCCUACAUUUUAAUGUAUGUAAUCUCUUUGAUCAUUUUGGCCAAAGACAAGUAAUUAUUGUGUACUUGCUCAUUAUGUGACCUUGGACUCAUUGAGGACAUAUUUGUACUUGUGUACAUUUAGAAUUCUGAUAUGUUUAGAAUUCAUAUGGUACAAUAUUGUGUUGAUUAUAAUGGUUUAGUGUGUUUUAACACUCAACCGAGCACAUCUACUUGUACUGCAUGCAGGUGACACAUUAUGCAGUUACUGGGAGUAAUCAGUAUGGUUUAUAUUCUGAUAAUUGCAGAUUAUUUUUUA